GGGGGGGGGGGGACACACACUGGCGCAAAGAGAGGCAACUUGAGACUAUUACGCCAAGAUCUCCCGUCGAAGAAUAUCGGCAAUCCAGGUCAUGGUCAUCGACAAAGGUUGGGUUGAGGAUGUUCAACCCUCUUUUGAAAACUGAAUGAGGCUCACUGAAGAAGGAAUGGAAUAAAACAAAAAAAAAGAGCAGAGAGAGACCUUAGAGAUAGAUGAUCAUAUCAAGUAGUGCAGGGGAAAAUAGGGACGAAAGGAGUGACUGACCCCUGCCCACGAACUCCGUGAAGGCCAUAGAUUGAAAGAGUGACAGGUGGUGCAUGAAAGGAGGGAAAACAGCAGAAAGAAUGAUGACUGACGGAAAACAAGGCCUGCCUCACAGCAUAUCUUGCUCCAAUUAGGACAUCUCUCUACAAGACAAGAUGCUUUCAAGAAACCUGCUCCAAUUGGUUUACAUCUGCCUGUGGGACGGGCUGUGGAGAGGGGCCUUGUCCAGCAAGGUUGUGCGGAUUAGAGGAGGAGGUGGCUCACACGUUUUGAAGAUAGAGGAGAACAGAACUCCAGGCCAAUGGGAAAGCAGCAUGGACACAAAUGUAAUGCCUGUGGUGACGCUUAAAAAUCUGAUAAGUCAUGCACAGGCAGGUGACACUGGACCGCUUUCUUACAUCAAAGCACUGCCCAAUCACGCCAUUCCAUCCACUGUCAUCAAGGAGAGACUAACUGUCAAGCCUAAGCGUGAGGUUGAGUCCGUCAACAAGAAAGAGGUGACUCUUCACAAGGAGUUAAGUCAGGAUUUGACGAAAAUGAAGAACAAUACAAAGAAUGUUGAGACGAAAAUGGGAAAAGCAAUCACAUCGCACCGUAAACUUGAUUUACAUUCUAAUAAAACACACAUUAGAUUAAGUUCAAGAGCCAAAAGCAGACUUGAUUUGAGUGUUUACACGACAGGUGUGCCCGGAAAGGGACUAAGCGUUGAAUUGAACCGAAAACUGAACCUCAGCAGAGGUUAUGAGGUUCUGAAAGUGCUGUCAAAAGAGAACCUUGUGAGGAUAGUAAAUUCCCAAAUGCAGAAUGUUCCCGGUCUGAACUUUCCGAGCAAGGGUAGCCGGAGCAGAAAGAGAGAUUUGAUUGACGUUAAUCACGGACAGUUUGAGGCGCAGAAAAUGUCAAGACAAGAUACGUCUUUCACUCAGUCACACGCUGGAUUUGAUAACCAGACUGCAUUUCCAUAUCUAAAUCCGAUCAGCACUCCAGAUCUUAAUCAGGACCAGAGUUCUGAUACGCAUAUUAAUCCAAUAGGGAAUGCCCCAGGUUUAAGUAAAGGGCAAGAGAAUUUGGAGCUACAAGUUUCCCAUGGUGACGAUAGCAAGAAAAAACAUGCUAUAUUAAUGUCAAUACCUGUUGAAAAGGUAGACCUCAGCAUGAACAAAGAACUACCAAUCAACCAAACAGAAUCCCCUCUUCAAUUGACAAAACACUUCCCAAGUUACGUGCCCUCUGAAACAAAUGGAUCGACUUCAUCUGUGGUGACAAUGCAACCCGAGGGAGUCAGACCUGGGAACAAAACAGCAGAUUCCCUUAGAGACCUAUUAACAGAGUCAGUUCACACUGCUCAAACAGAGCACAGCACAGCUCAUCACUCAGUAGAUGAAGACAGAAAACUUGUCAACAGCAGUCAUGUCCUGAGGCUCCAUCCAGCUCCAGAAUGGAGCCACUUUGCUAACGGGGCUGGGGUGCAGGUGCAGGAUCCAGACAAUGACAAUGGCCUCGUGUUUGAGGAAGCAGAGUCUGAGGAUGAGGCUGGCGAUCCCUUGGAAGAAAAGAGGUCACGCCCCCGCACCAGGAGAAGUUGGAUUUGGAACCAGUUCUUUGUGAUUGAAGAAUACGCUGGACCUGAACCUGUGCUUAUUGGCCGCCUCCACACUGACAUGGACAGGAAUGAUGGACGCACUAAAUAUGUCCUACGUGGCGAGGGGGCCGGCUCUGUCUUUGUGAUCGAUGAGAAGACCGGUAACAUCCAUGUCACCAAGCCACUGGACCGCGAGGAGAAGGAUGAGUACCGUCUUGUUGCCACGGCCACCGACAGGCAGACGGACCGUGCCCUCGAGCCCUCAUCACAGUUCAUAAUUCGGGUGCAGGACAUCAACGACAACCCACCUGUCUUUGACGAAGGCCCUUACAGCGCCACCGUGCCUGAGAUGGCAAAUAUAGGCACUUCGAUAAUCCAGGUGACAGCGACAGAUGCUGAUGACCCGACGUAUGGGAACAGUGCCAGACUCGUGUACACACUGGUGCAGGGCCAGCAGUACUUCUCUGUCGAUCCCCAGACUGGUAUUCUGCGCACAGCUGUCCCUGACAUGGAUAGGGAGACCCAGGACCAGUACCUUGUGGUCCUCCAAGCCAAGGACAUGGGAGGCCACUUAGGAGGAUUGUCUGGAACCACCACCAUCACGGUUACCCUCUCUGACGUCAAUGACAACCCUCCACGCUUCACUCAGAGUAUGUGGUCCUUCUCGGUAUCCGAGCUGGCCAUCCCAGGUGCUGAAAUAGGACGUAUCUCAGCAAGCGACGCUGAUCUCGGUGACAACGCCAAGUUGGACUAUACGAUCUUUGAGGGGGAGACUGGCGAUACGUUCAACAUCACAGGAGUAGACCAAGAAGCCGUCAUCAUACUAAACAAGGCUGUAGACUAUGAAAGCCGCAGUUCCUACUCCUUCUCAGUGGAGGUUCUCAACCCUACCGUGGACCCUCGCUUCUUGCGUCGAGGAUCUAUUAAAGACCGAGCUUCAAUCAGAGUCGCAGUGCUGGAUGCGGACGAACCUCCAAGGUUCUCCAGGGCACGAUACCACAUGGAUGUUUCAGAAAACUGCCCUCCAGCCUGCACUGUGGGCCGAGUCAGCGCUGUCGACCCAGAUACUGGUCUAACUAACAACAUCAGGUUCUCCAUUGAUCCUCAGUCAGACCCAGAGGCUCUAUUUCGCAUCACCCCAGACACCGGCCUCAUCACUACAGCCAUGGAACUAGACCGGGAACGUGAGCACUGGCACAACAUUACUGUCAUUGCCACCCAGAGAGACAACCCCAGCCAGGUGUCUCGGGUUUUGGUUGCAAUCGAGACGUUAGACCUGAAUGACAAUGCUCCAGAGCUGGAUAGGCAGUACACGACAGCCAUGUGUGACUCAUCCACCAUCGGAAAGGUGGUGCAGGUGUUGCGGGCGAUUGAUAGAGAUGAGGGAGGCAAUGACAGCACUGUGUAUUUCAGCAUCCCUCCAGAAUCCAGCGUUGCCCUCAACUUCAGUGUCAGGGACAGUGGUGGUCCCACAGCGAGGUUGGUCUUGCUGUCCCAGCUGCAGCCACUGUCCCGUUUUCCAUCUUCCACUCUAACGCUUUACGUGCCACUGGUUCUAAGAGAUGGAACAUCAGGUCUCACCAGCACUGGCACUGUCACAGUGUCUGUCUGUCCCUGCCUGAGAGGAGGGGCAAAGACUGAGGAGAGGGAGAAGGGCAAACAGGCUGAAGGUGAAUGGGACUGGGAACGAGAAGCGGCGUGUCUCCCCCAGCACUCCACGUUGCCUUCGCCCGGCCUCAGCACUGCAGCUCUGCUGGCCAUAUUGGCGUGUGUUGCAACUCUACUGGCGGUGAGUGCCCUGUCAUUGUCGUUGAGGCGUCAAAAGCGUGACUCGCUGUCACCACUGGAGGAUGAUGACGUCCGUGAGAACAUCAUCACAUACGACGACGAGGGCGGCGGUGAGGCCGACACGGCUGCCUUUGACAUCGCGGCACUCCAGAGCGCCCCCCACAGCUCACGCUCACGCGGCUAUCGCACGCUGGACAGCAGGAACGUACGCUACACCCAACGUGGCCAAGAUAAAAGCCGCACCUGCAGCUGGGCUCAGAAUUCCGUGGUUGACCACAACUACUCAGGCCCGGGAGGACCGUUUUAUGGUCGCCUCUGCUACAGCAGCCACACAUUACCAGUUCUACGCCGCGCACCAGGUGAAACAUUUGAACCAGGUCUGGCAGAGCUUGGAUACCGCUUUCCUGGAGUCCUACCGGACCACUCAUUGGUCAUCCGAAACCAGGGUGCCAUGGUUGGCCCGAUCGAGUCAGGGGCUGUGUACAUAACGCCCACAGAUCUCAGCGCAGGAAGCCGAACAGGAAGUCAUGCGGGCAGCCGCGAUGGUACUGCAACCCAGAGUGGUGUGAGCACUUCGGAUGAAGGAACACCACGGACUAGUGACAGCCAGGAGAAACGACGUGGGAUGGGAACGUCGAGCAACUGUACUGAGGAGAGCAACGAAAACAAAGUGAACCACAGUCAUGAUAUGGACUGGUACUUCACCCUACCCCAACCCUGGACUGAAACCACUCGUGCUCGCUUGCAUCCCCUCCAGGUGCAGUCGGAGACGCUACCGAGGGAGCAUAACCUCGUCCUGACUCAAUCCGGCUCCAUGAUUGGCCAGGGUCAUGGCUGGGUGUGCGAUUCAGCCACUCUGCCAAUGGCGGAGCAUAAGUGCUCCCGUGCUGGCCUGUCUCCAAAAGGUGCUCAGUCUGACUGCAGCGGAGGAGCAGGAGGAAGCGGAAAUGGAAGUGGGGCUACCUCCACUGAUGGACAACAGAAAGCUACCAAUGGUCGCAACUAUACCACUGUCUUGCAGGGAGAGGUACGCAGGCAGAAAGAGACCCCUGGCAGCCUGGAUAGAGGAGGACUAGAGAUGGGAAGCAACUUUGCGGUGGCAAGGCCAGAAAGAGAAGGUGGUGGGAUAUCAUUGACUGGUAGUCCAUCUAUCUACCCAGAAUCACCCGGUUUGAUUGGAGAAUGGCGUGAUCGCGUGGCUUUGGGUGGCUAUGUGUUAGCAAGAAUGGAUAUGACCCCCCAGCUAUUGCCCUUCCCAGGUCAGCCUCGAGGAGCUUAUGGAGGAGUGCUGGGCAUUGGUCCUGGAUGGGUUCCAGGUAUUGAGGCGGCCAGAGCAGCCCCCGGGACGGGAGGUCCCCCUUUGGCUCUUAGGGUGGGCGAAUUCUUACGCCUACGUCUUGCCCAGGUCACAUUUGACUCCUCGCAACCACCGUAUGACUCAGUGCAGAUCUAUGGCCUGGAGGGUACCGGUUCACGAGCUGGAUCCCUGAGCUCACUUGAGAGUGAAGGAGAGAAAGAUGCAGAUAAGGAGGACUGGGGUGCGGGAUUGGAGCAGUGGGGGCCCCAGUUCCACAACUUAGCUCAACUCUUCCGAGACCGAGAGAAAGAGCAAGAAGAGAAGGAAAAAGUUGAAGAUGGUACCAAAGAGGAGACGAAGGAGCCAGAUAAAAAAGGGGGUGAAAGGAAGGAGAGAGGGGUCAAUAUGAAGCGAAAGAAUGAAGGAUAAAAGAAGAAAAAAAUAGAGGUAGAGGGAAGAAAGAAGACAGGAGGGAAGAGUAUGAUGAAAAGACUACCAGAACUAGACUUAAUGUGAAGAGAAGUUAAAGGAGAGAAAGAUGAAGAGGCAAAGUAAUAAAAAGAGACAGAGAAAAGUGAGCCCAGGGAGGUUGAAGAAAGCGAGGGAAGGGGAGGGAGUGAUUGAUGUAAUUUAAAGCAAUAAGUGUUGAAGCGCUGAUAUGGUUGAGCACAGAUAGUACUGAGACAAUGCAAGGGAUGCUUCUGCUGGCGGCGCCAAAUAUUUCGUAAAAAACUUAGGACAAAGACAAACAAUCCAAAUAAACAAUACACGAUUGAAUGGCAAACAGCAGGAAACACAGGUUGUCUUCUAAGUGUGCGUUUAGAAGGUCAGUGAGAAAGUGGGAUACGCUAGUGAUUGUCUUUUCUGAGCAUUCUUAUAUGUGUGAAUAUGUUAAAGACAGAGCGAUUGAUGCCAAGAGAAAUAUUAUAAAUAAUAUACAGUGGUACCUUGACUUACGAGUUUAAUUCAUUCAUUGCUUAACUCAAAUCACUCUCAUCUCAAAUCAACUUUCCCUGUUGAAAGAGAACAGAAAUAUGUCACAGCAUUCUGAAGUAUUGUACUUACAUACAGUAAUGUCCAUCCAUCCAUUUUCUAUACGGCUUAGCCUGUUCAGUGUCACGGAGAGCCGAUCGCAGCUGACUUCAGGCAUAAAACAGACUACAACCUGGAUUGGUUGCCAGUCAGCCGCGGGGCACAUAUAGAAGCACACAACUGAAGUCAAGUGAAUGUACCACGACACCUUCAGUGACCUCAGACGGGAAAAAGAUAAUUAAAUAGAAUGUAAAUAAUUAUUUGCAUCAUGAUGUCAGUUCUUCAAUUCGAUGGAGAUUGUGCUGCUCCUUCUGAUGUGCUGCACCUUGGCCAGCAGAAGAAGCAGUAUAAUACGGAUAUACAUUAUAGAUUUGAUUAUGGAAACGUGAGGAAGACCAUUGCGACUAAGCUGCAGUAAUUAUUAGUCGAUUAGAGCAUCAAGUAUUGGGGCCUGUGAGUAAUGUUAUAUACUUUGCAUGUUUUGCUGCACCGUUUGUGUUCCAAUAUCAGUUGUUUAAGGUUUUAUAUCAACGCUAGUUUCAUUAGCCUGUCUACAGUGUUUCCCAUUAUGGGUUAGCAUUAAGCUAGUGAUAAUUCGCAAGACAAAAUUAUGUGGUUUGGUUCAAUACCCAGCGUGUAAUUCCUUGUUUUAAAGUUUAGUUUUAUAGUAAUCUUCAACGGAAAGUGGCAAUAAACAGUUACUGUACUUUCACAUUCACAGACAAAGUCAACAAAAUAAAUAAAUAAAAAAACGGCCAAGCGCCGGCUCAUAACGUGAAAACCCAUAGGUUGGGGCGCUCGUAAGUUAAGGUAUCACCAUAUACUGUAAUGCAGAUACAUUGCAGUGACUAGAACGUAGCACUCCUUUUUUAAGAUAUUUGUGUGCUUCGUUAGCCUGGAUGUUUACAAUAAAUAAACUGUGUACUCAUGUUAAUACAUACAUAAGUACAGUAUAUGUUUUCUAAUUACUUUAGUGUGGCACUAUGUGACAGUUCAACUUCAUUUAGUUUCAGGCCUUGAAAUAAACUAGUCGCUAGCCGCUGUUGCUCGGAAGGAGAAAACAGACCUCCUACCUUUGGUUGCCACUCUCUCAUCUCUCCCUUGUUCCGCUCCCUAACCAAUAGCACUAAAAAAAAAAAAAAAUUUUUUUUAAAAACGUAAAAGUCCCAUGCCAUCAAAAUCCAUUUUCCCCCACUGUUUUAUGCAUAAUAUAGGUCAAAAUGAGUACAGACCCUUUCCAAAAAAUUUUAUUAUCAUGGAAAAGUUUGUUUAUUUCCAUAAUUCCAUUCAAAAAGUUCAACUUUCGUAGAUUAUAGAUUCAGGGCCCACAAUUUAAAACAUUUCAAGUAUUUAUUUGUUUAGUUUUACAUCAUUUGGGCUCCCAGCUCAUAAGACACACAAAAUCAGGAAUUUAAAAAAUGAGAACACUGAAGAAAUCCGCCCAAAUUUUGCAGUCCAUAAAUGUUUUAAACUGAUUGUCACAUACUAAUCACCUCCUAAAGUCAAAGCACCUGCACCGGUUUCCCCAUGUCUCAUUAAAUUUGUUCAGUUGGUUCAAUACGGGAAAGACUGCAGACUUGACAACUGCCCAGAAGACCAUCAUUGAUACCCUCCAUAGAAUGAGUAAGCCAGAAAGGUUCAUAGCUAUGGAGGCUGGCUGUUCACAGGGUGCUGGGUACAAGCAUAUCAAUGGAAGGACAAAAUGUGGCAGGAGAAGAUGCACCAGCAAAAGAGAUGACCGUGGGCUUCAGCGGAUUAUCAAACAGAGAAGGUUCAAGACUAGCAGAGAUCCAGAAAGAGUGGAAUGAAGCGGGAGUCGCAGCUUAAAAAAAACACCACAUUCAGACGGAUCCGGGAGAUGGGCUACAACUGUCGUGUUCCUCGGGUCAAGCCACUUCUGAGCCUGAGCCAACGUAGUAAGCGUCUCACUUGGGCCAUGGAGAAGAAGGACUGGACUGUCGGCCAGUGGUCCAAGGUCUUCUUUUCCGAUGAAAGUAAAGUGUGCCUUCCAUUCGGGAAUCAAGGUCCAAUGGUUUGGAGGAAGACGGGUGAAGAACAGAACCCAAGCUGCUUGAGGUCCAGUGUGAAAUAUCCACAGUCAGUCAUGAUUUGGGGUGCAAUGUCUUGUGCGGGUGUUGGUAAACUGCUUUCUUAAAUCCAAGGUCUACCAGAAUGUUUUAGAGGACUUGAUGAUUCCCUUUGCUCUGAGGAUCUGUAUGGAUGUAUUUCAUCUUCCAGAAGGACCUGGCACCUGCCCAUACCGCCAGAAGCACCAAAACCUGGUUUGAUGCCAAUGCCAUCACAGUGCUUGACUUGCCGAAUCUAAACCCCAUUGAGAAUCUCUGUGCUAUUAUCAAGAGGAAAACUGAGGGGCACCAGACCCAAAAACAAAGAAGAACUAAAAGCAAGCAUCAAGGAAAUCUGGGCUUCCAUAACUCCCUGGCAAUGCCACAGGCUGAUUGCCUCAAUGCCACGGCGCAACGAGAUUCCCAACCAAGUAUUGAAGAUGAACAUAUCAUUUUGAAAGUACCAUAUUUUGAUUGAUUUAAUGUGACCCUAAUUUCUUUCUUUUUUUCUACAAAAAACGAGAAGUAAAUGGUGAUUUCUUCACAGUAGUCUAAUUUUUUGAAUUCCUAAUUUUGUGGGAUUUAUGAGCUGCAAGCUCACAAUAUGUAAAAAUAAACAAAUAAUAAUAAAAUAAAUGAUAUUAUUACUUUUUGAAUGGAGUUAUCAAAAUAAAGAAACAUUUCCAUGAUAUUGAAAUUUUUUGGAAAGGGUCUGUAUGUGAUCUAUUUUAAAUUUGACAUCCAUGCAGUUUGUCAAUUAAACGCAAAAGACAAUAAACGGCAUUAGGCUUGCAAAAUCACUGGAUCCGAUUUCCAUAAAUUUCAUAAAGUCUUAAAAAGUUACAAAUUAUUUAAGUAUCUGUCCACUUUGUGGUUGGCACACGUUCACUCAUCUCAAGGAAAAUGGCUGAGCGACAACGCGGCUGUGUCUUGUGCAAAGCUUUUCGUCAUGUGCCAACCGCAGAAGAAUUUAGGAAUAAAGGGCUUCAAUUUAUUUUGGGAGAAAUUCCUCAGCAUUUCGGAACCAGAACUGUGCUAUUUAUGUGGAUAUUUUGUGGAUGAUGACUUUCACACAUGCCGGAAGUGCAUUUCGGGUUUUAGAGCGAGCGACCCACCCACUCGGGCAGCCGCCGCCGAGCCACACAGACACAGUCUAUAAAGCACACACGUUUUGUGUUUUACAACAACACUUAACUACAUUCAUAACUUAUAAAGAAACUGAAAUGAAAUGAGUGAAGCUUGCAGUCAUUGUUGCCAAAAUGUGCACGAGCGAUAAACGUCGCGUCACAUUCAAGUUAAUGGGAGUGAAGGAUGAACCUGACCUCAAAAUAUCCCCUGCCCUUUAUUUUCACCCACGUCCUCUGUAGCAAUCUGCAUCUUCCCUGAUUGCUACUCUAUCUCCCUCUAUCUUUAUGGUUUCAUAAAAGUGAUAAAGUACUAUAUACUGUAUGUGUAGCCUGUACACUGAUCACCGUUGAGGGCGUCACGCAACAUCGCUUUGAAAGCUUGGCUUCCGCAAGACGGUCGCAUGUCAAUAGCCAAUCAGACCGAAGCUGUUUUACACAUUUAAAAUAAGAAGAACAGCGUAUUUGCAUAUCAAAUACUAAUGAGAAAUUCGGCCAUCUCAACUGCCAGAUCAAAUUGCCCGAAAAAGGGUAUCCUGGACAUUUUCAACCCAAAUUAUCUUGCAGACCCGAUAAAAGGACAUGUGGUGAGAACAGCAUAUUGCAAACAGACUACUCAAAUAUUUUAAAGAAGCAGAGCAUAUUCUCGUCACUGCAAUGUACAGUAUCUGCGAUAUAUAUAUAUAUAUAUAUAUAUAUAUAUAUAUAUAUAUAUAUAAAUUCUCUGGCAUUUUUAUCCUUGGCUACAAUGAGAUACAGUAUGUUGUUCAGAACAGGAAAGAAAUUAAAACAGGAUACCACACAGGCACUUGAAUAGACUGUAUAUUUGAAUACAAAGUGAUAAAUGGAACAAGAGAUUGCUAUAUACUGUACACAAUGGAAAUGAUGAAUCAUUCAAAUACUCAAAAAGACUCCUUUCAGCCCUCAAGGAAAACAGACAUUGCUAAAAUUUCAAUGAUUUCAGGAUGUGAUCUCCCCCACCACUCCCUCUCGUUUCCCAUCUUUUAGUAGUUGAGUGUUGCUAUGUUUACAAAGAUGCUCACAUAGGCGCAAUGGAACUCAUUUACACUCCAAGGCUUUGAUUGUACUACAGCCAGUUAUAAACGCAAACACAUCCACUGUAUGAUGAGUCAUGAUGAGUCCAUUUCUGAUAUCGUAAAUGUUUUAUAGAAGAACUAUAUUUUAUGUAUAACAAACGGCCCUGUUGUCUCACUUGAUGCGUCUUGAAGACAAUGAAUGCAUGACUUUUGCUCAAGGAUUAAAAAAAAAAAAAAACACCCCCUAAAAGUCCCACUUUAGAACCCAUACUGCCGAAAUAAACAUCCUUGUAGUUAAAACAACACCACGUUGACUGUUCUUGUUUUCUUGUAAAAGGUCAGGAUGCAAAUGAUUCUUCAGCUAGAAUGCACAUUCAUACCGUGUAAUAGAUGAUGAAUUAUGUUCAAGAUGAUAGUUGUCUUUAUAAGAUGUGGAUUCAAGAAAAGAUACAAUGUUCAACUGUAUGUCAAAACAAUUUAAAUGUAAAUAGUGCUGGAUAUUAUUGCAGAAAGAAUGAUAAAUGAGUUUUGUUUAUCUUAUUCAGAAGCAGAACUUACUGUACAUGUCCAAAUGGAUCACUGUUAGGACUUGUCUGUAUGUACUGUAGAUUAGGGGUGGGGGGGGGAAGUCAACUAAACUGGAUUCAACAGCCGUGUGGACUGAGCACAAUGUAUUUCUCAUUUGUCCAGCACAUUGACAUGACUGGCUUUUGUUUUAUGGCAACUCUAAACCAGCCACUCACUGGUACUUGUGGCCUCUGAAUGAGGUUUAUUGUGCAAAAUAUUAGUCACUGGAUGCUUCAGAGCGAUAUGGUCCCGCUUGGAAACUUUUUUUGAUGAAAAGGCAGUGAAGUGGAUAGAAACUCUAUUAAAAUGCUAAAAUAAAAAUCCAGUUGCUAUAGUUUUCCCAAAACUGUAGAAUAAUACCCUGAUGUGGAAUUUGCAAUUGGUUUCAAAGGCAUAGUCGUCGGCGUGGCAUCGCCUGAGAGGUAUGAGAAUCAUUCAUAGUUCACAUAUUGAAUAGAGAGGGGACUGAUUAUUACCUGAAUGAAUGCCACAGGCUCUUCACACAUCAUUGGCUUCUUUGUGACUUUUUCUAUAUUUACACGGAGAGUAAUAUUACACCAUAAAUACAUUUUGGGGGAGGAAAAAGACACUCCAGUGUAAACACUGCUUUAUAAUUCUACAUGACUACUGUCACAUUCAUAGUUAUAUAUAGUAUAGUAUCGUACAGUAUAGUAUAGUAUCUAAAUUUGGACAUCAGGUGUUUCCAAUGGUAGACGUAUUCACCUUAAUUUCUCUUUGUCUAGUUUACUUUGUGACAGUACAGCAGCUGGCAGAAAGCCUCUGGCCCAUGUUUCCUCUUUCUUCUCUAUUGUAUUUAUCAGUAGUUAGCUAAUUGGUCUAACUCUUGGGCUAACUCCGAGACAUUUACAAACAAGAACAUCCAUUUCUUGCCUAUGAGCAAUAGAUAGAAUGAAGGACUAACAUUUCUUACCACUUGCACAAUCUGUUGGGAUCCAAUAUGUGAUACUGUAUGAAGAAAUUUGACAUUUAGAAAGACAGUACUUCGUUUUGAUCGGUCAUAGAGUAUUUACAAUAUGAUGAUUAAUGUAGGUGUCAUUUAAAUUCCUGUAGAAGACUAUCUAAUAUUUUAAAUGACAAGUUGGGUAGCAAAUGGGAUCACCAAAAUAUUAGAAAAAGCUCUUAGUUUGACAGUGUAAAUAAAAACCGAGCAUGAUUAAAUUUGUCAAUUGAAAUACAGCUCUUGUAUUAGAUCUCAUUCGUUUGUCCAGGAGGUUAUAAUAAUGGCGUGGCUGGUCAG